GCUCGCAGCAAGCGCUGCCACCGGCCUUGAGUCUCUCACAAACCGAUCUUUGUUGGCAGGUUACCGAGCAUUUACCGAGGCCAACGACGGGAGCAUGUGUCUGGCCAUGGAGUACGGAGGCGACAAAUCUCUCAACGACUUGAUCGAAGAAAGGAGCGCCCAGCGGUUGGGCCCUUUCCCCGCCGCCACGAUUUUCCAAGUCGCCUUGAGCAUGGCGAGGGGGCUGAAGUAUCUUCACAACGACAAGAAGCUGCUCCAUGGAGAUAUCAAGUCUUCCAAUGUGGUUGUUAAAGGCGACUUUGAAGCCGUCAAGAUCUGCGACGUGGGAGUGUCCCUGCCCCUGGAUGAGAACAUGACCGUGAGCGACCCGGAGAUGUGCUACGUCGGCACCGAGCCCUGGAAGCCCAAGGAAGCCCUCGAGGACGACGGCGUGAUCACCGACAAGGCCGACAUCUUCCCUUUCGGGCUGACUCUUUGGGAGAUGAUGACCCUCUCCGUGCCCCACCUCAACCUGGGCGAUGAGCCCGACGACGAAGACGAAUCUUUCGACGAAGACUGCUUCGACGAGGACGCGUACUACGCGGCCCUAGGAACCCGCCCGGCCCUCAACAUGGAAGAACUGGACCCGUCCUACCAGCAGAUGAUCGACCUCUUCUCCGUCUGCACCAGCGAGGACCCCAAGAAGCGGCCCUCGGCUGCGCGCAUCGUCGAGGUGCUGGAGGCAGAUCUGCCCUAG